AUGUCUUCAGAAGAAAACGAAGAAAAGGCACUCCUGAUGGCAGUUGGGAGAUGUUUGAGUUGCGGCUCAGGGUGGUUUCGUCCUGUACGAAUGGUUUUUUCUACUCAGUUGAAAGUGGAUGCGUCUAAGGAACAACUUGUUCUUUAG